AUGACCCGCGGUGGCACACUGGUGGCUAGCGAGGAGCUGGCUGUCGAGGGUGAGCACACGGCCAGCGUGCCCGUACCCGCAAUCGAAAGCGGCGAGCUUUGUGUGACCAUCACCCAGAUCGGCCGCCCUGGGAAAGACCACGCAGCCAGCGUGCUCGCGCUGCCAGAGGAGGCUGCUGAUGAGAUGUGCGAAAUGUUCGCCAAGAUGGUGGGGGAGGUGCGGACCAGGGGGCUCAGCAGGGGGUCGACCCUCAUCUACGUGCAUCCAGACCAGGUCACCGAUGGUUUUGACACCCAGCGCAGCAGGAGGCCCCUUCUGAAGGAGCACCAUGCUGACCAGGUCCUCAAGGAACAGGUUUGGAUGACGCACUUCCGCCCUCUGAGCUCUGACUUCGCCUCUGCUCUUGAGGGCCAGGCCGCUGCCAGCGACUGCCCAGCCGGCCGCCGCGCCCCGCUGGCCACCUACCUCAUCGCCAACCGCCGCUGGGCGACGGCAUCCUUCCUGCUGACCACGUGUCUGCGCUCCGGUGCGAGGGUGAGCCUGGGCCCCUUUGCACUGUCUGAAGAGGACAUCUCUGUGGAAUCCCUGGAGAGGGACUUUGGCGAUGUGGGGCCCGAGAAUCUGGUGGUGGGAAAACGGGUGGUGGGUGCAAAGGGAAGCGGGGGCGACCUGUGGACCAGGAAGUGGGCCAGGUCCAAGCGAGCGCCCUGA